CAGGGGGUGGAGAUGGGCAGCCAGAGAGCCUUCCUGCAGAGCAUGCUUCUCUCAUCUGUUAGGGAGUCUAUAGGCAAUGAUGGAUAUGUCAAACUCCAUGUGGACGGUCAUCAACUGGCUGCUUAGCUACAAGCCGAUCCUGCUCCUGCUCCUGGUUAUAUUGCUGUUGCUUAGCAACUGGCUGGUCAAGCGAGAAGUCUGGCCAAACAAGAUGAAGCAUGAGACGAAGCAGGCUCAGCAUAGAGCAGUGCCCUGCAAGGAGCAAGUCCAAAGAGGAAAGGACCUUGACGUCACCAGAAGACACCAGCGGCCCUGCUACCCUGGAAAUGAAUAUAUAGAAAAUCCAAAGGCCUCCGAGUGUCUCACCACCAACGCCGUUCUCACAGCUAAGGAAGUCGACAAGAUGUAUGCCUGCUUUGCUGUCCAAGACAAGCUCAUGGAGAGGCUAAUGCUCAACGAGAUGAAGCUGAAAGUGCUGGAGAACCAGAUGUUCAUCAUUUGGAACAAAAUGAACCGCAGGAAAAGGUCUUGCACCCGUUACAAGAUCCCUUCCUCAGCCAAGUACCACUGUAGAAGAAACUGCAUCUCCUCCGCCUCGGGCUUCAGCUCGAAUUCCCUUGGGCCUUGCUGACCUCUCCCCCCAUUGACUAGUAGUAAACACUAAUG